AGAAGUAUUUUCUCUUUUCUCUCUACGAUUCUAGCAAUAACUGUCUACCCAGGAAAUAUACUUCUCCACAAUAAUUAACACGCCUCUAAUUAAAACGAUUGGUUCUGGCUGACAUGGCAACAUUGUAAGGAUAUUUCACAUUAUAAACGUUUGAAAUGAGGCCAUUGUAAGGGUACAAAAAUGCUUUUCAGAGAAAAAUGUAUAGGCUAGGCCUACUUAUGUAAAUGCAUCUACUUUAACAUGGUUCAUUUUUUUUAUUUUUACUUAAAUGGUCAAAACCACAAAAAACGAGUGACCCUACCGAACUUUUCGCUUUACCCAACUUCAACUUGUCCUCAUCGCACACUGCCCUAUUACGCGCUCCUGCGGUGGCGGAGUGAAGAUGGCGGAUAUAGUGGGAGCUGGACUGUCAGAUGAAAAAGAGGCAGAAAACGACAAGAGAGGGGAGAAAUGCGUAUGGUACAGAGGUACAAGGAUGGGUGAAAUAAACACACAAGAUACGGCCGAGACCCUGGGUUUUUACGAGAGGCGCACUGUUAAAAAUGAUCAUCAUGACACCCCAGACACGGACCCAUCUCUGCUGCGGUUCAUGUGUGCAGAACUAACCAGGGGCUACUUCCUGGAGCACAACGAAGCAAAGUACACAGAGCGCCGAGAGAGAGUGUACACAUGCAUGAGAAUCCCUGGGGAGCUGGAAAGGCUGAUGACCUUUGGCGUGUUCCUGUGUCUCGAUGCCUUCCUCUACGUGUUCACUCUUCUGCCCCUGCGGACCUUCCUGGCCCUGCUGCGCUUCCUCACCAUACCCUGCUGUGGCCUUGGGGCAAAUGUAUGCCCAUACUGCAACAGGAGCAGUGGAGCACGUCUGCUGCAGCCUGCCCAGGUGUGUGACCUGCUGAAGGGGCUGAUCCUGAUCCUGUGCUUCUGCAUGAUGCACUAUGUGGACUACUCCAUGAUGUAUCACCUGAUCAGAGGCCAGUCUGUCAUCAAGCUCUACAUCAUCUACAACAUGCUGGAGGUGGCAGAUCGCCUCUUCUCGUCCUUUGGUCAGGACAUCCUGGACGCGCUCUAUUGGACGGCCACGGAGCCCAAGUCCAGGAAGAGGGCGCACAUAGGAGUGAUCCCUCACUUCUUCAUGGCGCUGUGCUAUGUCUUCCUCCACGCCAUCCUCAUCAUGGUACAGGCCUCCACGCUCAACGUGGCCUUCAACUCCCACAACAAAUCACUGCUCACCAUCAUGAUGUCCAACAACUUUGUGGAGAUCAAAGGAAGUGUCUUCAAGAAGUUUGAGAAAAACAACCUAUUCCAGAUGUCAAACAGUGAUAUAAAGGAAAGGUUUACUAACUAUGUCCUUCUGCUGAUUGUUUGUCUUCGCAACAUGGAGCAGUUCUCAUGGAAUUCAGAUCACCUGUGGGUCCUCUUACCGGAUGUGUUCAUGGUCAUUUUGUCCGAGAUGGCCGUGGAUGUGGUCAAGCAUGCUUUUAUCACAAAGUUCAACGAUAUCACUGCAGAUGUCUACAGUGAAUACAAAGCCAGCCUGGCUUUCGAACUGAUCAGCAGUCGACAGCAAAACGCCUACACUGACUACAGUGACUCGGUGGCCAGGAGAAUGGGCUUCAUCCCCCUGCCUCUCGCUGUGCUGCUGAUACGGGUGGUGAUAAGCUCUGUAAAAAUCCAGGGGGCGCUGUCCACUGUGUGCUUGCUGCUUUUCUACCUGGGGCUGAUCACACUGAAAGUGCUGAACAGCAUAGUGCUCCUGGGGAAGUCAUGUAAGUACGUGCGGCAGGCCAAGAUGGAGCAGAAGCUGUUUGAGAAGCACCCCAGCCAACAGAGAAACACCACCACCCCAGCCAAGACGGCCAGCAAGCCCAGCAGGCCCAAGCCCAGCAGCACACCAGACACUCCCAAAGUCGAGCGUCCCGUCAUCUCCAUCACGAAGCAGCCGAUGCCUCGUGCUGAGAUCAUCACCCCUGCACCUUCACCCGUCGUCAAGGACGCCGAGCCCGUUACGACACCGCCCGAAACUCCGUCCCCAAAAGCAGAGGACGCCGACGCCGACGCCACCACACCUCCAGACUCCCCAGAGCUGAAGCACCGCUCGCCCAAGAAGGACCUGCUGGAGAUCGACCGCUUCACGAUAUGCGGAAACCGCAUCGGCUGAGCUGGCCAACGCUUCCUCAUCCUGGGGCCGUGCACACAGAGCCAAAGACCCGCACAGAUGGAGAUAAGGUGGGGGCACGAGGCAUGAGGACAUAGCCAAUUAUUCUCCAGCUAAGUUAUCACUUGUGCCAUUUCAAUCCUGUGCUCAUUCACCCCGCCUAAGAUUGCAGUGCCUCAGAGAUCAUCACAGUCACAAGGGGGGCAUGGUGACUGCCAACGAGCAUUCCAAUAGCAACAGUGGGAUUCUGUAGUCAUAGAAAUGCUGUGUGUACACAGAAGGUCUGCCUCUGGUUGGUGGACAAGAGACAAGAGCUCCUUGAGGUAUUCCUCUGCUGUGCUUAAAGUGAUGACUGGUGACAGUAGAAGCUACACAAACAGAAGACCUGGCGAAGAGCAAAAUGACCUGAAUGGACGUUAAACUUUUAUUAGAAAAUAUCUCAUUUUAGGCCCUAGACAUUCAAUUAGAAACAGAAUGUAUUAAUAUGUUAAUGUAAUAUUUAUGUAAUAUUCAAGAUUUACUAUUUACCAAAAUAUUUUCUAUGGGAAAUGAAGGAUAAUAUAUUUUCUGUGCUAUUUUGUGCUCUAGUACAGUAGUAGGCAAUAUCUAGGCACUGCUUACUAAAGCACUUGGCCUUUUUCAUAGGCCCUGAUGUCUGCCAUUCAUGUUCAAGGAACUACCGUAGGCGUUUUAGAAGCAACUGAAACAUUUUUAAUAUAAAAUGCUGCCAAAAUGAAUGCUUUCAUUGUCAGGAUGCUAAAAACUUCAGGAUAAAUGUCAUAAUUGCUGCAAGAAGUGUUCUUAAAACCUUCGCCCAGACAAUGCUGGAUAUUUCACACGCAGUGCAGUGUUAUAAUGUCCAAUAGGUUUAGCUGCUUAUCAAUAACAACACUAUGAGGUACCAGAGAGUUUUUGUCAGGACUAAAUGGUGAGAAUUUGCACUUUUUUUACCACGUUGUCUUAAUCUUGACUCUGCUAGUGUUCAUAACCAUCGGUUUCCAGGUUCAAUUUCUUGUAACAUUUUUGGUUUACAUCAUCUGAGACAAUGAAUGAAACUCUUUUUUUUUUGUUGGUAUUUGUAAUCCAAGAUGAGUUUAUUUUUGACGGUGAUGGUCUGACUUGGUGUCAGACCUAAUUGUCCCACAAAUUUUGAUAAGGGUUGUUUACAUUGUGUUCCCCCCAAGUAAUUUGGAAAGAUUAUCUAACCAACAUAUGUUACCUUUUCUAUGAUUACCACUCUUAUAAUUAUGCUAACUGAAACUGAACAAUAUUGUUUCUGUACCAGCACAUCGCUGUGGUAACUACUGUUGGUGCAGAUGCGAUCACUGUUUGAAGCAGUGGCCAUGUUUACGUUCUUGGCCAGAUCCGUCUGGAUUCCCAGAAUAGACAACAAAGUUGACUUGAAAAGGUGGUCUGAUGUGUUUUAGUCAUUUUCGUUGAAUGUGAUUUGAAAACAGGAACUACGCAUUUGUGUUGGCAACAACCACAUUGUCUAAUUUAUUUUCUGUCAUUUUAGUAAUUAAGUAUUUGUUAAUGACUGCCGGUAAUACAGGACGGUGGAAAUUGUGUAUGGGAGUUGUCACUGAGCUCUGAAAUAUUUUUUUAACCUCUUCAAAUGUGACAGGUACUGAAAAUAUAUGUGUCAAUAAUUAUAUGUGUUCAUGUUUAAUAACAUGUUUUAAUGUUUUGUGGAUGACAAAUAAACAUUGUUUUGUAA